AUGGCGCCCUCCAUUUCGGACUUACUCGUCACAGACGAUUUAACCAUUCUGCUCGGUCUCAUUGCAGGGACUGUGUUUCUUCUUCGUACCUUCUAUCGUCCUCAACCGCUCGUUCACCCUAUCCUUCUUGGCCGGCAAAGUGAGGUUGCAAAGGUCAGGAACCCUGGGGAAAGUGCAGUAUACAGGAACUAUGGAACUGGCUUGAUGAAUCGAUUUCCUCUCAGGCCUCAUAAAGACGUACAGGUUCUUACUGACCUUGUGCGCUCCGACAUGGAAGCCCCACGUACUCUUUGGAACACCAAGAUAACCAAUGCUGCUCUUCAAGACCGUGUAGCUUCUUUCGGCACUGGUCUUCUCCGGCUGGCUGACCUUCAGAGUCAAGAAUCUAAUGUCUUGCUCUUGUUGAACGACUGUAUUGAGUUCCUCAUCGCUGAUCUGGCGUUGUCUUCGCAUUCAAUACCCUCCAUGACUUUGGCAGCUGCAAACCUACUUUCCCCUGUUCUCGAUACACAUCCCCCGUCUGCCAUCAUCACGCACGCCGAAUUCCUUUCUACCCUGUUGGAACUCAUAUAUGACGCAGGCGAAGAGGGCCGGCACCACACCAUCGUGGUUGUGGGUGAACCAAGCUCUCGUGUAAUGGCCAGUGUUGCUAGCAAGGUCAAGGUUCUGCUUUGGACGGAUGUGGAAAGGGAGGGUUUCAAGGUCCCAAAGAUCAUGACCCCACUACCAAAACCUUCGGAUGUUUUCAGCGUCUCCUUCUUCGCGGAUAACACAGGCCAUGUUCAAGGAACUCAAAUAACACACACGAAUCUCACGGCAGGUGUUGCCGCAAUCCAUGCCCUUUUCCCCGUCUCGGCAUUGCUUUCCUCCCUUGACACUAUAGUAUCUAGCCAUUCGUUGGGCGGUACUUAUGGUCGUGCUGUUGCAUACGCUGCUAUCUUCGAGGGUACCUCUUUUGCCACCACGGAAAGCUCCAAACUCUUCCGUGUCGAUGAAGGGACCGUAAAGCAGGACGUCGUCGAUGUCCUUUCCGCCCAGCUGUACUCUAUCCCAUCUGCUACGGUCCUUUUCCUCAAGCCAACUCAUCUAGACGCUCUUGUGGAUGCUAUUCUGAGAGAAGCAAAGAAAAGCUUCCUUCUAAAUGCGUUCGCUUGGAGACAUAAAAUUUCCGGAAUCAGUGAAGGGUUUGUGAGCAGAGAUACAUUGUGGGACCGUCUAGUUUAUGAUGCUGCGAGGGCAAAUGUCAUCGGUGAAGGUGCUGGGACUGUACGGGCGGUUAUAGUAGGCGGAGGUUUGCUACCUGCGAAUCUCCUCACCCCUGCUCGAGUAGCACUCUCAUGCCCCAUUAUCAACACACUGACGCAUCCUGCCGUGGUGGGGCCAGUGUUUGCUUUACAUGCUCUCGACCUGCAAGAUUUCUCAACACUUGAGGAAGACUCAGCUAAAUCGUUCGCUCCUGUUGGUCCACCUACUGUGUCGAUCGAGGCUAAAUUGCUUGGCGUCGAUGACUCUGCGGUAGAGGAUGGAGCUGAUCCCAGCGGUACGCUAGUUGUGCGGGGUCCACCAGUGACGAAACAACUUUCUGGUGAGGAGCUGGAAACUCCCAGCGGCUAUGUCAAUAUCCGAACCGGGGAAAGUGUAUCAAGUGGCAAUGGGGAUGACGAAGAUGGAUGGACCAAUUUGGGCGUCAAAAUCCGGGUGCUAACCAAUGGAGCGUUCCGCGUUGUUGUGUAG